UUUCCCUCAGAGGGGAAAAGUGUGAAGGCAGAAGUGGGUGAGGCUUCCUCCCUUCAGCAUUCCAGCAAGAAAGACAGAGAGCGGGAAGAGCAAGAGAUAAAUGAUUCUGAGGAGGAGAGAGAUUUGUUGGAAGAGGAGGAGGAGGAGGAGGAGGAAGAGGUUAAAAGCCAGGGAGGAGAGAAUGAAGAAGAGGAGGGAGAGGAGGAAGAGGGUGAGCAUGAAGAAGGGGAAGAUGAUGGUGACCGCAUUAAUGGCAACGUCUCAUAGGUUGUUUUAAACACCAGAGAUACGAGACACACGCUCAAAUUUCAGCCCUUUCCGUUCUUUUGAAAGGUUGAAGCCAGACUUGAGAAAAUUUGUCUGUUAUGAUGUAGAUGCCUGCAAUCUUAUAAUAACUGACACUACAGUUACAUCAGUUUCACUGAUGUCAGUUUAUUUUUAAUGUUAGCAUGACAUCUUUUCAGGCUUUUGAAGUGUCCCUCAACCUUGAUGGAGACAAACAUCUGGUUUCAAACAACAGAAACCAUUACUUUCACUAGUUAUUUUUAAUCAUUCUGACUUGAACCUGAGAGGUUUUUAUUUUUCACUAGCAGAAUAUGUCCAUUAUGUAUUCUCAGAAUGAAACUGGCCUGAUCCCCGUUUGCCCCAAGUGUCUUAUGGGAUAUUUUUUUUCUGUGAACAAAGAUAAAAUUUGUAUUUUAGAAGGGGGAAACUUGAGUGGCUUCUUUAUUACAGAGAGCC